UAUGAUCUUUCCCCCUUAAAACUCGUCAUCUACAUUCAUGGGAACCCAUCACCAAGAACCUCCCUCUAUCAUUCAAGACCUAAAGGUCACUCUACAAUAUUCUUUAACAGUCUUUCCCCUAGAAGAAACAAAGAGAAGGUCUAUGUUUAUCUCGAACAUAGAUCAAGUUCUUAAUUUCAAUGUAGAGACUGUCCACUUCUUUCCGGCCAACCCCGAUUUCCCACCGGAUAUUGUAGCCGAGAAAAUCAAGACCACCCUUCGGAAACUACUCGUGACACCUGAUUUUUUGGCCGGAAGGUUGAGGUUGAAUCCCCAGAAGAGCCGCCUCGAGAUUGACUGUAAUGCUGCCGGAGCUGGCUUCGUGGUGGCAACGAGUGAAGUGUCACUGGACGAGAUUGGAGACUUGGUUUACCCUAACCCAGCUUUUAGGCAGCUGAUCAUGGGUAAUCCGGACAACUUAGCGCCAGAUAACCAGCCACUUUGUUCUGUUCAGGUAACAUCAUUCAAGUGUGGCAGUUUCACCAUUGGUAUAUCCACCAAUCAUGUAACAUUCGAUGGCAUCAGCUUCAAACACUUCUUAGAAAAUCUUGCCUCCCUUGCUGCUGACAAGCCCCUAGCUGUUACACCUUGCAAUAAUCGUGAACUCUUAACCGCAAGAUCUCCACCACGUGUCAUGUUCCCCCAUCCUGAGCUAGUAAAUUUUGAAAUCCCUCCACAACGAGAAGUGUCUAACGCACCAACACUCUUCGAAGCUACACCAGAGGACCUUGAGUUCAAGAUUUUCAGGCUUAGCGCCAAAGACAUUUCAGACCUAAAGGAGAAGGCAAAGCUUGGGUUAAACAACAAUACUAGCACCCGUAUCAGUGGCUUUAAUGUUGUCACAGCUGUAUGGCGUUGCACGGCCCUUGUAGGUACCACUUGUGCCACAGUCCUCACCCGUGCUAUAUUUUCCGAGGGCUGCAAAUCAGUUGCAGCUGGGAUGAAUGCAAUGGACCUGUGUCAUGGAAUCACAAUGGCUGUUGAUGCUGUUGUUACAAACCUGAAGAGCAGAGCCAGAAUGAUUAGCACAAUUGAAGAAAUUGCACAGGUUUAUUUCUUUCACCCAUUAGUUUUGUUGCAAUUGUUAGAAGUGAAGGGUUGUAAUGAACCAUUAUGGGCUACAGUUAUUGUUUUUUUUUUUUACUCAGCAGCUGAUUUAAUUCUGUUGGCUACAGUUCUUUCAUUAGGGAAAAAAAAAUCUCUAACUAUGAUUCAUGCUUUAAUUUCUUCUAGAAGUUUUGGGCAUUCACAAUUUACAAGUGCCAUAUACUUCUUAUAUAUAAAUAAAGUAAAAUACUUUGUUGUCAUAAUGAACUACGUUGAGAUUGGAAUUUUUGGUAGCAGUACUUGA